AUGGACCUCGACUCGCUCCCGCCGAUAACGGCCAUCUGGGGCGGAUUGGCGGUCGGAGCGGCGCUGCUCGAGUACACGUACACCAUUACGUCGUUCCAGCUCUUCUACACGCCCUCGCUCGUCUUCCACAAGCUCGAGGUGUGGCGGCUUCUGACGACGUUUGUCUACUUUGGCAACUUCUCCAUCGACUUCCUCUUCCACCUCUUCUUCUUUAUGCGCUACUCGCGCAUGCUCGAGGAGGACGCGGCGGGUACGCGCUCGAGGGGCGGGAGAGCGACGUAUGUCUACAUGCUCCUCGUGUGCGCCACCCUCCUCGUCCUGCUCAGCCCCAUCGUCGGUCUCCCCUUUCUCGGAAGCCCGCUCGCCUUCGUCCUCGUCUACGUGUGGAGUAGAAGGAACCGCCACGUCCGUCUCGGCCUCUUUGGCAUACUCGUCAUCACCGCUCCCUACCUACCCUGGAGCCUCGCUGCGUUUGGCUGGUUGAUCAACGGCGAUAUCAAAGCCGUCAUCGGUGACCUCGUCGGUAUAGCCGUCGGCCACUUUUACUACUUCUUCGUCGACGUCUGGCCGAGGGAGUACAAGUCGGGCGGACGAAACCACCUUAGGACCCCAGAGAUCCUGGUACGGCUCAUCGACGGAGACAGGUAG